AGUCGUAGGAGGACUAAGGGGCUAGAAUCUAGCCUCUGCGUCUCAGCCAUGGAAUUACUCAUCUCUAGUCCCGUGCUUCUAGCCUGUUUCAAGACAGCUGUGGAAAGGGACCCCAUCCUCAGCUGCCUACUCAGUAUGGCUAAGCCUCACCUCACUACAGGUUGACCCUUAGGAUCAUAGUAGCUGCCUAGGCCAGGAGGUAGGGGACAUAGACAUUUGGCUCCACUGACUGCUCUGUGCCCACAGGCCGCAAUGCUGCUCGGGGCGUCUCUGGUGGGGGUGUUGCUGUUCUCCAAGCUGGUGCUGAAAUUGCCUUGGACUCAAGUGGGGUUCUCCCUGCUGUUCCUCUACCUGGGAUCUGGAGGCUGGCGCUUUGUCCGAAUCUUCAUCAAGACCAUAAGGCGUGAUGUCUUCGGCGGCAUAGUGCUCCUGAAGGUGAAGGCAAAGGUCCGGCGGUACCUGCGGGAGCGGCGGACAGUGCCCAUUUUGUUUGCCUCCACGGUCCGGCGCCACCCUGACAAGACAGCCUUGAUCUUUGAGGGCACAGACACACAUUGGACCUUCCGCCAGCUGGAUGACUACUCAAGCAGCGUGGCCAACUUCCUACAGGCUCAGGGCCUGGCCUCGGGCGACGUGGCUGCCCUCUUCAUGGAGAACCGCAAUGAGUUUGUGGGCCUAUGGCUGGGCAUGGCCAAGCUGGGUGUGGAGGCAGCACUCAUCAACACCAACCUGCGGCGGGACGCCCUGCGCCACUGCCUGACCACUUCCCAGGCCAAGGUCCUCAUCUUUGGCAGUGAGAUGGCUCCAGCCAUCUUUGAAAUCCAUGCCAACCUGGACCCUUCGCUCAGCCUCUUCUGCUCCGGCCCCUGGGAGCCCGGCACGGUGCCCGUCGGCACAGAGCACCUGGACCCCCUGCUGGAAGAUGCCCCCAAGCACCUGCCCAGUAGCCCUGACAAGGGCUUCACAGAUAAGCUCUUCUACAUCUACACAUCAGGCACCACAGGGAUGCCCAAAGCCGCCAUUGUGGUGCACAGCAGGUAUUACCGCAUGGCUGCCCUGGUGUACUACGGAUUCCGAAUGCGGCCGGACGACGUUGUCUAUGACUGCCUGCCCCUCUACCACUCAGCAGGAAACAUUGUGGGAAUCGGGCAGUGCCUGCUCCAUGGCAUGACGGUGGUGAUCCGGAAGAAGUUCUCAGCCUCCCGGUUCUGGGACGAUUGUAUUAAGUACAACUGCACAAUUGUGCAGUACAUCGGCGAGUUGUGCCGGUACCUCCUGAACCAGCCACCCCGGGAGGCGGAGCACCAGCACCAGGUGCGCAUGGCACUCGGCAAUGGCCUCCGCCAGUCCAUCUGGACCGACUUUUCUAGCCGCUUCCACAUCCCCCAGGUGGCCGAGUUCUACGGGGCCACCGAGUGUAACUGCAGUGUGGGCAACUUCGACAGCCAGGUGGGGGCAUGUGGCUUCAACAGCCGCAUCCUGUCCUUUGUGUACCCCAUCCGGCUGGUGCGAGUCAACGAGGACACCAUGGAACUGAUCCGGGGGCCCAAUGGCCUCUGCCUUCCCUGCCAGCCAGGUGAGCCAGGCCAGCUAGUGGGCCGCAUCAUCCAGCAGGAUCCCCUGCGGCGCUUUGACGGCUACCUCAACCAGGGUGCCAACAAUAAGAAGAUUGCCAAGGACGUCUUCCAAAAGGGAGACCAGGCCUACCUCACCGGUGACGUGCUGGUGAUGGACGAGCUGGGCUAUCUGUACUUCCGAGACCGCACGGGAGACACGUUCCGCUGGAAAGGCGAGAAUGUGUCCACCACCGAGGUGGAGGGCACACUCAGCCGCCUGCUGGACAUGGCCGACGUGGCAGUGUAUGGUGUCGGGGUGCCAGGAACCGAGGGCCGGGCUGGAAUGGCUGCGGUGGCCAACCCUGCUGGCAGCUGUGACCUGGAGCAUUUUGCACAGCUGCUGGAGAAGGAGCUGCCCCUGUAUGCCCGCCCCAUCUUCCUGCGCUUCCUGCCUGAGCUGCACAAAACGGGGACCUUCAAGCUACAGAAGACAGAGCUGCGGAAGGAAGGCUUUGACCCAUCAGUUGUGAGAGACCCACUGUUCUACUUGGAUACCCGGAAGGGCCGCUACAUCCCGCUGGACCAAGAGGCCUACGCCCGCAUCCAGGCAGGCGAGGAGAAGCUGUGAUUUGCCCCUGAGUCCCUCUAAGGGCCAGUGGGUGCAGGAUCCAGAGCCCCAGCUCCCACCCCAGAGGGGUCAUGGGCGAUGCCAGACCAAAGCAAGCAGGGCCCAGCACCUCCGCCCCGAGGUGCUGACCCCCUCCCCAACAAAACUGCCAAGUGACUCACUGCCACCUCCCCCUGCCCCCCAAGAGGGCUUUCUGUGAAAGCCUCAUGUCCGCAUUACGUCUUCGAGGCCAGGUGGGGCCUCUAGGCCCCAGGCUAAGAUGGACUGGGCGCCUCAGGAGGACGUCUUGGGUCAGGGCAGGGCCAGGUGGAGGGCCGCCAAGCACUCCCCCAAAAGCAGGGAGCUUGUAAAUGGGACCAGGGCAGAAGCCCCCAGACUCAGGAAGCCAGCAGAGUGGGCAGGGGCUGCAGUGGCUGUUGAUCAGGUGGCCGAAGAGGAUCCUAGCCCUGGAGCUGUUCCAGUGUCGCUCAGCACUGCCUGCGCCUCAGGGAGGGUAGGAGGACCACCCUGACCUGCAGCGGGCAGUCUGGACUGAGCCCCCUGCCCCGCCCCGCCACCAUCCUUCUCCUCGGUGGCUGCCUGGCUGCCCCUCAGGUGGGACCUUUCUCUUUGUAGGUCUGUCUGUGUCACUUUCUCCAUCUCAGUCCUGGGCCGGUUAUGAGAGGAGCAGGGGUAGAGGGGGUCGCUCAGGGGCCAAUAAACUGCCUUGACUCCCCCUAGCCUGUGUGCGUGCCACCUGAGCUCACCCUACCUGCUCAGGCCCCACCUCCUGCCCCUCCGGCCCACUCACUCACUCUGACUUAGGGAUACAGCAGUUAAGAUGCCUUCAGUGAGUUGGCAAGGUAUUUAAUAGCAUGAGCUUAAAAGUCCAAACCAGCUGUGUCACUUUUGAGUUCGUGGCCUAGGGCAAGUGACUCAGUCUCCUCUUCUGUGAAAGGGGAGUAAUCGGGAGGAUUUCAGAGAACAAGGGACCCAUUUUGAGGAAAGGGCUGUUCAGAGCCUUUGAGGGAGAAAACUCUAACCCAGGAUGGGAUCCCGUCUCCAGACCCUCACUUGUGCUGUUCGCCUUGCCUGGGGUGCAUUUCUCCAGGGGUUCGGUGGCUGUGCAAAAGCCAGAGCAGGACUGCCUGACCAGCUGGGGCAGAGUCCAGGAAAAAGCUUCCUGGAGCGGUCUUACCAGAGCUGCAGCAAUCAGCAGCGCCAGUGGAGAGCCAGCUGUCUCCUGGGCCCCAUCACUAGAGUCACACCCAGGCUGGAAACGGAUGGCCCAUUGGGAAAGGGGUCCAACUCACCCCAGGGCAGUGGGCAAUGUGUGCCCCUGGGGCUUCAUCUUCACUGUUUAACCCUCACCACAGUCUUUCAUUUGCUGAGGUCACACAGCAGUGGAGACGGGGCGCUGGAAGGCAAACCCAAGCCCCUCUUGCUUCUUGCUGCCCCACACGCCUGCUGGUGCAGAAGGCAACGGGAAAACCAACAGCUUCCAUUCCACGAAUGCCUGUGGAGCCAACUGUGGGCCCCGCCCUAGGCCUGCAGCUGACAGCCAGGGUGGAGGGGGGCCAGGGUGAGAUCCGGGGUGCCUCCUGGGGAAGUGACUUUGAAAGAGGAAUCUGAUGCUGCUCAGGGGGAAAUGGGGGGCAGAGCUGGAGUAGGGCCCUUGGAGAAUGGUGCUGAGGGGGUUUAGGAGGGAGUGGUAGGCAUGGCUGCAGUGUCCCAGUGAGACCAGCAGAGGGCAUGCAGAGCUUGGAGAAUUCCUUCUUGGCCCUUCUCAGCCUCCAAAAGCAGAAAGGAGGGGCUGCCUCAUCCCCAGGCCGGUACCCAGCCCAGAGCACUCCGUCUUUGAGGGCCCAGGGUUGGACUUCCAUGGGCUGGUCCUGGCUGACAGCUUUGUAUCUAACCCUUAGCAGUGAGUACUUUCCAAUGGGAUAGCGCUGCCACCCACCCAGGGGCCCCUAUUCCUUCCUGGAGAUUGAACGCAGUCACCGAAAGGCAGUAUGGAGUGGUGGUUGGGUUAACAACCUCCAGCUCGAAAGGGCAGGUGCUCAAGUCCAUUUGCCAGGCUAAGCCUCAGGUUCUUCUGCAAAUAGAGAUUUAGGGUAGUUGUGAAAAUGCAUUGUGCCUGGAGGUCUCUUAACUCUGGGUCUGGUGCCAAUACCUGCUCAGUACACAGCAGUUACAGGGUAAAAAACGAAAAAGGAUAUAUAUACAGGUAUCAGGACCCCAGACUAGGCCUGAGUUUACCACUUCCACACUGCUUCCCCCUCUGCCCCCCCACUCCCCCCGCCCCAGUGAAGGGCCUUGGGAGCUCUCCCAUCUGCCUCUGGUCAUCCUCAACCAUGGCUCUGUGAGUUAGGCGCACAGUAGCUUCUCAGUAUGUGCUUGUGAAUUUAACGAUAGCUACUGUUUAUUGGGCAUUUCCUGACGUUUCUAUGCUGUUUCAUGGUUUACAAAGUACCGCGUUAAGUUCACCUGUGGAGCAGAGUCUAAAGGCCUGCUGGGGGCAGGGGCAGAAGCGGUGCACGGUAAGAUAGACCUGGGAGCCCACUGUCCGGGGACAGGGGAGAGGGAGCUAGCGAGUUAAGAAGCAGCCGGUGAGGUAGUUAGCUGCACCCAACCCAGCGUGCUGGCCAGGUAGGCAGUUGUGUUUCACGGUCAGAGAAGCUAUUCAAGAAAGAGUUCUCCAAGAAUUGGAGGGGGAAGAGCAUCCCAGACAGGAGUAGCAGCAACAUGUAAAGGCCUGCAGGGCAGGUCUAGGAAAGCAAUGAAGCUGCAGGGGAGUGCGCAUCCGGUGUGGAGUAGGGCUGAAGCAAAGUAUGAAAAAUGAGUCUUUUGUGGGCACUUGCACACUUCCAGACAGUGGGGGCUCUGCUAGGAGGUCCCUCAUCCCUCCUCGGGUCACACCCACUUCCUUCGACUUGCUAACGGCCACACCGUAUGGAGCCCUUCCUAUGUGCCAGGCGAUUUGCAAUGUGCUACGUGUGCAUCCGUUUGUUAAAUCCGUAAGGAAAAGCAGCUACUAUUUUUACCCCCAUUCCACAGAUGAAGAAUCUGAGGCUCAGGGAGGCAAAGUCUCUCCAAAGACCACAGAGCCUGCGAAUGGCAGCUCUGGGGGUAAGGCCCCUUCCUGGAGCUUCAGUGUUCCCAUCUGCAACAGUGCCUGGGGGCGGGCAGAGGCUGGAAAGAGCCGGCCUCGAGCAUCCCUGGAGGUCCUACCGCCCUCAGGACAGGCAAGUGGCCGACCAGGCCAGUGCUUGGAGUAUCACUUUCAAUUCCUGGGAAGAAGGUUAAAUACCUCCGAGGGGCCCAUUUAGGCGGUGGCGGCAAGGGAGGGGGUGACCAAGUGACUUUCAAAGGGGCCUGAAUGCAUGGCCGGCCCCUCCCCCCCCCCCCCCCGAGGAGGGGGCCCUGCUUCCUCCCAGCCUAAUGAUAUUCUAGGCUCAGCCCUCAUCUUUGGCGGCAGUUUAACCCGAGCCGGGGCGGAUUUCUUUCUCACUGAUCUCAGCUUGACACCCAAUUAGCACAAGAAUGGGAGGAGGAAGCCUGCGAGAGGCGCCUCCCAGCCUCCCGGGGCGCAUGAGGGGAGCAGGCUGGAGACAAAGGGCAGCAGGCAGGGGGGCACCCGCGCCCUCGCCUCCCCUGCAGACCCCGCCUUUGUCUCCCUUGGAGCUUCUGAGGAGAUAGAGGCCGCCGCCCGGGCUGGCCGGCCUGCUGGAGGAGACAGGGGAUGGGGCCCAAGCCCCUCUUCUGUGUGGAUCCCAGGGGAGGGCAUCUGGGUGAGCCUGACCCAAUGGGAGGCAGUGAGGGCCAGUGAUGCUGAAGGCACUACAACCUGGGGUUGAGGCCUUAGGGGGCAUGAGACACUUAGGGGCCAUGAGCAAACCACUGGUUCUGAGCCUCAGUUUUCUCAUUUGAAAAAUGGGGAUAAUAGUAGUCUCUGUGAGCAGCCAAUCAGGUAGGGCAUGUAAACACCUGGCAGGUGGAAGGUGGGCAUUCAAUAAAUACUCUUUUUUAAAUACAUUUUUAAAGUUUAUUUAUUUAGAGAGUGAGAGAGGGAGAUCAUGAGCAGGGGAGGGGCAGAGAGAGAAAUCCCAAAGCGGACUCUGUCCUGUCAGCGCAGGGCCCGACUUGGGGCUCUAACUCACAAACUGAGAUUGUGACCUGAACCAAAAUCAAGAGUCAGACACUCAACCGACUGAGGCACCCAGGCGCCCUGCAAUAAAUGCUCUUUUAAUGAAUAUGAACAUGAACUAAUAUUGUUACAAUUAAGAGAUUGAGUGGGGUAGGCUUGCGAUCAGAAGGAUUUUCUGAG